GGCCCUGGCUGUUAAGUGUCUUCUCCCACCUGCGUUUCCUGCAAUUUAAUAUUCAGAUCAAAGCGUUCAUUUUCUCUGCUCUUUUGAAUAUCUCCAUUAUUACACUUAGAUUCUGCUGAUCCCUAGUUGCUUCACUUUCCCCCUAAUCUCUCUCUAUAAUAUGCAUACGCAUAUCUGUGUUUGUGUAUUUGUGCAUAUAUAUCAGCAGGGCCGUUCGUCCGCCAUUCAGUAAAGUGAAGUUCACUCCAGAGAUUCCUCGCUCGAUCCGUCGCUUCCUUGUUAUACUCACUGGAAAUCACGCUCUCCGCUUCACUUCCGCGUUGCACUGCGACUAUAAUCCGCCGUUUUCCUAGUGUUUGAGCUCCGGAAAUCGUGGUGAGCUUGUAAAUUGGGCUGAUUGAUUGGUAGAUGAUUGCUGCAUGGGAUGGGAGGGCUCUAUGGGCUUGGUAAUGAAUUGGAUUUGGGAUGCGGUUUUAAGUAGAGUUAGGGCUUGUACUUCGGUUCUCACAUUGCGGAUAGGAUGAAUUCGGAUGUUGGGAGAACUGGUGGACCUGUUGAAAGGGACAUUGAGCAGGCUGUAACUGCUCUUAAGAAAGGGGCACACUUGCUCAAGUAUGGAAGAAGAGGAAAACCCAAGUUUUGUCCUUUCCGUUUGGCAAAUGAUGAGUCUGCUCUAAUAUGGAUUUCAGGCAAAGAGGAGAAAUAUCUUAAACUGAGUCAUGUCUCCAGAAUAAUUUCUGGACAGCGCACUCCAAUUUUUCAAAGAUACCCAAGGCCUGAGAAAGAGUACCAGUCAUUUUCCCUGAUAUACAACGACAGAUCUUUGGAUUUGAUAUGUAAAGACAAAGAUGAGGCAGAGGUCUGGUUUAGUGGCUUGAAGGCAUUGAUUUCACGUGGUCAUCAGCGAAAAUGGAGGACAGAAUCAAGAAGUGAUGGGAUCUCUUCAGGUGCUACUAGUCCCAGGACGUACACACGAAGAAGUUCUCCAUUGCAUUCUCCAUUUGGUAGUGGUAAUAGCUCACAAAAGCAGGAUCUUGGUGAUCAGCUAAGACUUCGUAGUCCUUAUGGAAGCCCUCCAAAAAACGGUUUGGACAAGGCUUUUUCAGAUGUGAUAUUGUUGCCUCCCAAAGUGUUUUUCCCUUCAGAUUCUGCUAGUGGUUCUAUACAUUCCUUGUCUUCUGGAGGCUCAGAUGGAAUGCAUGGUCACAUGAAGGCAACAGGAAUUGAUGGUUUUAGAGUAAGUCUUUCAAGUGCCGUUAGUUCAUCAAGUCAAGGUUCUGGGCAUGAUGAUGGUGAUGCCUUGGGGGAUGUUUUUAUUUGGGGUGAAGGUAUUGGGGAUGGUGUAAUGGGUGGUGGACCCCACCGUGUUGGAAGCUCUUUGGAUGUCACACUGGAUUCUUUAUUGCCUAAGGCUUUAGAAUCUGCUGUUGUAUUAGAUGUGCAGAAUAUAGCUUGUGGUGGACGCCAUGCUGCACUAGUGACAAAGCAAGGAGAGAUGUUCUCCUGGGGUGAAGAAUCAGGAGGCAGGCUUGGGCAUGGCAUUGAUGCAGAUGUUUCAAAUCCAAAGCUUAUAGAUGCCCUCAGCAUUUCAAACAUAGAGCUUGUUGCUUGUGGUGAAUAUCAUACCUGUGCUGUAACACUUUCUGGUGAUCUGUAUACUUGGGGUGAUGGUCAUUUUGGUCUUCUUGGGCAUGGGAAUGAAGUGAGUCAUUGGGUUCCAAAAAGAGUAAAUGGGCCUUUGGAGGGCAUCCAUGUCUCAUUUAUCUGUUGUGGUCCUUGGCACACUGCUGUUGUAACCUCUGCUGGGCAAUUGUUUACUUUUGGUGAUGGAACCUUUGGUGUUCUUGGACAUGGAGAUAGAAAAAGCAUUUUUAAACCUAGGGAAGUGGAAUCUCUCAAGGGACUUCGAACUGUACGAGCAGCUUGUGGUGUUUGGCAUAGUGCUGCUGUUGUAGAAGUCAUGGUUGGAAACUCAAGCUCUAGCAAUUGUUCAUCCGGAAAACUAUUUACAUGGGGAGAUGGUGAUAAAGGUCGACUUGGACAUGGUGACAAGGAAUCAAGACUUGUGCCCACCUGUGUUGCUGCUCUUGUUGAGCCCAACUUUUGCCAGGUUGCUUGCGGACACAGCUUGACUGUUGCUCUAACCACUUCAGGUCAAGUAUACACUAUGGGUAGUCCUGUUUAUGGCCAGUUAGGAAAUCCUCAAGCUGAUGGAAAAUUUCCAUGUCGUGUUGAAGCAAAAAUUGCAAAGAGUUUUGUUGAGGAGAUAGCUUGUGGUGCUUACCAUGUUGCUGUGUUGACUUCCCGAACUGAAGUUUACACGUGGGGAAAGGGUGCUAAUGGAAGAUUGGGUCACGGGGAUAUUGAUGACAGAAAUUCACCAACUUUAAUUGAAGCUCUAAAAGACAAGCAAGUCAAAAGCAUUGCUUGUGGUACCAAUUUUACUGCAGCCAUCUGCCUUCACAAAUGGGUUUCAGGGGUUGAUCAAUCUAUGUGUUCUGGAUGCCGACUUCCAUUUAAUUUUAAAAGGAAACGGCAUAACUGUUAUAAUUGUGGGCUUGUAUUUUGUCAUUCAUGCAGCAGCAAGAAAUCUCUGAGGGCAUCAAUGGCACCAAAUCCUAAUAAAUCAUAUCGUGUAUGUGAUAAUUGCUUUUUUAAAUUGAAAAAAGCUGCUGAAACUGAUGCUUCAUGUCAGUCUUCUGUUAGUAGAAGAGGAAGUAUGGAUCAGGGGAUAAAUGAUGUUAUUGAUAAAGAGGAGAAGUUGGAUACAAGGUCCCGUUCUCAUCUUGCGAGGUUUUCUUCAAUGGAAACCUUUAAACAAGGUGAAGUCCGCACUUCCAAGCAAAAGAAAAAGUUGGAAUUCAAUAGCAGUCGUGUAUCACCUAUUCCAAAUGGUAGCUCACAAUGGGGAACCCUCAAUGCCUCCAAAUCUUUUAAUCCGGUGUUUGGUUCAUCUAAGAAGUUCUUUUCAGCUUCUGUUCCUGGAUCAAGAAUUGUUUCUAGAGCAACAUCUCCAGUAUCAAGACGGGCAAGUCCACCUCGUUCUACUACACCAACCCCAACUCUAGGCGGACUCACUUCGCCAAAGAUUGUACUCGAUGAUUCUAAGAAGACAAAUGAUAACCUUAACCAAGAACUCAUUAGAUUGAGAGCACAGGUAGACAAUCUUACACGCAAGGCUCGUCUUCAGGAGAUAGAACUAGAAAUGACUACCAAACAGCUGAAGGAGGCAAUAACAAUAGCAGGGGAGGAGACUGCCAAGUGCAAAGCAGCAAAAGAAGUAAUCAAGUCACUCACUGCUCAGCUGAAGGAAAUGGCUGAAAGAUUGCCUGUUGGUGCUGCCCGCAACAUCAAAUCUCCUACAUCUGCUUCCUUUAUCUCAAGUCCUCUAUCUGUUGACAUUUCAAAUGUGUCUAUUGACCAUUUGAAUGGUCAAGUAUCUUCUCAGGAAUUAGACUCAAAUGGAGGCAACAGCCAGCCACUUUCUAAUGGAUUGAACAUUGCUGGUAAUUGGAAUAAUGGUCAUAACAGGCAAGGGAAUUCUGAGGCAAUGGCAAGAAAUGGGAACAGAACAAAAGAGAGUGAUUCUCGAAAUGAGAAUGAAUGGGUCGAGCAAGAUGAGCCCGGUGUGUAUAUUACACUUACUUCCUUGCCAGGAGGCUUGAAGGAUCUUAAGCGUGUUCGAUUCAGCCGGAAGAGGUUUAGUGAGAAACAGGCAGAACAGUGGUGGGCAGAGAACCGAGCAAGAGUUUACAAACUGUACAAUGUACGCAUGUCUGAUAAGUCGAGCAUUCCCACUGGAAGUGAAGAAUAAGCCCAUUGACAUGCAUGAGAAUGCCAUUAUACUACUCACUAAAGGUCUUUUUGUUACUGUCCUCAAAAUUAGCCACAGGGAUGGAUGAUCGCUUUCACUCGGUAAGAAUCGAGGGUUGAAUUAGAAUUAGGCGUUUGCUUCUGGGUUUUCUAGCCUCUUUUCCCAUCAUUCUUUUUGAGCACCCUAAUUCUUAUGGCUAUGGUUUGUCAUAGUUGUUCAUUUCCUUUGACCCCCUCAAUUUUUGCGUUCCUGGGGAAUUGAGGGUUAGAAAUGUAAAUUCAGCAGCUUAGUGUAUAGCCGGCGGUCGGUCCUCUGUUGGGAAAUAGCUUGUAAAUUCCACAGGCUUACUUUCCUGGGCUUCUUUUACUUUGUUUUUUCAUUGGAAUGAACUGACGACUGACAAAAUUACAUCUCAACAAAUAUUGAGGUAACUCAUCUGUAACAAAUUGCAUUAUAAAAGUGAGAUGUUUCUUUUA